AUGUUUACAAAAAAAAAAAAAAAUGAAAACAUAAACCUUCUGCUUGUACAAGGGAAAGCUUACAGAGAGAUUGAAGAUAUGAUUGAAUCUACUGAGGACUUGUUGAACGAAUAUCCUCGAAUGAGGGACGUGAUAAAUUUUACUGAUGAUAAUGAAGAAAUACAAUUUAAUAAAGAUAUCGGAAGGUUGAACCGUAGAAGUAAGAUAGAUGAUCUAACCGUGUUCAGUGAUUUUAACGACAAUGUUACCAGUGAUAGUAUAGACAGAGAAAUUGAAAAUUUGUUAAAAGAUUCUAAUGUUCCAGCAAGAAAUAAGCGAGACUCUCUUAAUUUUGAUGACGAUCUUGGACUGGACAAAACAGAAUUAAUAAUACGAGAAACGCAUAAGCUUAUCAACUCUAUACCACAUGGAGUAUUCAGUAGUACACAAGGGGAGAAUUAUCAAAACUUGCUCACAUCUUCCAUAAAUAAAUUAGUAGCCCAAUUGGAAGAAGUGAAAAUGGAAAAUAGAAGGUUACGAAAUGAGCGGGCCGAAUUGUCUGCCCAUGGUAAAGAUCAAGUUGCCAAGUUGAAUGAGCAAGUAAUCAAAUUCGAACUUGAGAAUCGACAGUUGAAGCUGCAAUUGAAAAUCAAGGAAAAUGAAGCUAGUGCGAAAAGUUUAGCUAGUGAUAAGGAAAGGAACCUCUUGAGAAGUAAAUUGAUCAAGUAUAAACAGUUGUACGACAAUAAAGUGAAGGAAGAGAGAUCUAACCAGCUCAAAGAACAUAGUAAAGUGGAAGAGAACAAAGUGAAAAUGGAUGACGAUAGUUUGAAGGAGCUCGUAUUGAAAAUAAUACGAGAAAAUGAAAGCAAGCAAGGGGCGGUGAAAAAAGAAAGUGAGCACGAUGAAGACAAGGAAAAUCAGAUCAGUGAGCCAAAUGAGAAGCUAAGUAGUGCCACUUCUAAAGUAGCGCUGGAAAUCGCAUCACUAAUUAGUGCCGUAGAAUCGAAGAAAAGAAAGGUGAAAUUCACCGAGUUGAAUGAGGAAGUGAAACUUGACCCACCUGCGGUCGAGCAACUGCAUGAGAGGCUGGAACCUGCGGCAGAUAUUGUAUUGAAAUGUGUUAUAGAGUACCCUUCGGAAAGCGUAAAGGGAAAAUGUAACCAGUGUAAUUCAGAGGAAGUGCUUCCUAAGGAAAGGUUCAUUGAUUCUGGAUCCGACACGGUUAAUUUAAUGGGAGAGUACAAGUGGACCAUAUAG